UAUCAGUCCCCGAGAAUGUUGAGAGGAUUCCAUUUCCUUGGGAAACAAAAUUCUUGUGUGAUGAUGGAGGGAAGAAGAAUAUGAAUAAGUAUAAAGCUCGCCCUUUCUUUCGUUGAAAGAUAGAUCUGCCAGCUCAGAAUAUCAUUUCGAGCCAUUCCUCUAUUCAUUUUUCUUGUCAAAAUCAAAACUAAAACCAAAAAUGACAGCAACCAUCAAACCUCUCACUCUCUACGGUGGAGUUCUUGGCCCUAACCCAGCCAAAGUCUCAUUGGUUCUCAACACCCUCUCCAUCCCACACGAGGCAGUGUAUGUUCCCUAUACCGACAUCAAAGGUCCAGAGUACACGAAACUCAACCCCAACGGUCGUCUUCCUACUCUUGAGGAUCUCAACAAUGGCAUCAAGCUCUGGGAAUCAGGAGCUAUUAUAGAAUACCUGGUCGAAAAGUAUGAUCCAGAGUUUAAUCUCAGCUAUGAGCCGGGCACUGAGGAGUACUACUUGUGUAAACAAUGGUUGCACUUCCAAAUGAGUGGACAAGGACCUUACUUUGGUCAGGCUGUUUGGUUCAUGAGUCUACAUCCAGAAAAGAUCGAGUCCUGCAUCGCCCGCUACAUCAACGAGAUCAAACGCGUCUCCGCCGUCCUAGACAAGCACCUCUCCACUCACCAAUGGCUCGUGGGAAACAAAAUGACCUACGCAGACCUCUCCUUCCUCCCCUGGCAAGAAUUCGCCUUCGAGAAAGUCACUCCUCGUUUCUUCGCCGCGAAAACGGAGUUCCCGCAUGUCCAGAGGUGGAUCGAGGAGAUGAGUGCCGUGCCUGGUGUCAAGAAGGUGCUUGAUGAGAAGAAGGUGAAGAAUAGGGAGAUUUAUGGGGAGAGAGCUGAUAGGCCUAUGUGAUGAGAUUUUGGAGGUUUUGCAGUGUAGGGGUGGCGUGAUGAGUGGGGAUGGGGGCUAGAUUCGAAGGUAGUGUUGCUUUUGAUAUUGGUGUGAGAAAUCAGAUGAAGUGUAGUCUUCUUUGGGAUGACGAGUUAGUGUGAUGUUGCUAUGAUGUCAGAUGUCAAAGAGGGAAUUGGAUCUCAUUAGAUGUUCACCAGCCACUCCUUCUUGUCUGAGAAGAAAUAGUUUUCUAGGUUUAUGCAAAGUCGAAUGUCUAUAUUUUCAAGUAAGAGUUG